AUGGCUUCAAGCUCGGCUUCUAGAAAGGGAAAGCAUCUCACUCUGAAGGAUAAAGUUCAAAUUAUCAAACAGCAUGACGAAGGAAAGAGUGUGCAAGAUCUCAAGGUGGAAUAUGGGUGUGGACAAACACAAAUCUAUUUGAUAAUAAAACAGAAUGAAGCUAUAACUAAUACAUUUGAAACCAAUGCGUCUAGUUCAUCUCACAGUUUAGGGCACAGUUGUCGAAAAUCUACAUUUUCUGAUGUCAAUGAUCGCUUGUAUGAAUGGUAUCUCCUUGCCUGCUCUAAAAAUAUUGAUCCUGAUGGCCCAACAUUAAAGAGUAAAGCACAAGAAAUAGCUGAGAAGUUAGAAAUUGAAGGAUUUAAAGCAUCAAACCGUUGGUUUGACAAAUGGAAGCAUCAUCACUCUAUUAACAGAGUAUCUGUCUGUGGGGACUCUGGUGAUGUUAGUUGCCUGAGAGUAGAUUCAUGGAAAGAGCGCCUACCUGAUAUUCUUGCUAACUAUAAGAUGGAAGACAUCUAUAACAUAGAUGAGACAGGUUGUUUUUGGCGUUCUUUACCUGAUAAAGGAUUUGGAACAAAAGCAUUACAGUGCAAAGGAGGCAAGAAAUCCAAAACACGAGUGACUGUGGCUCUUAUUGCUAAUGCUACUGGAGAGAAAGAAGACCCCAUAGUGACAUGGACAUCCAAAAACCCCCGCUGCUUCAGAGGCAUUCAAACAAGGCAGUUACCAGUAUUUUACUUUGAUCAAACAAAUGCUUGGAUGACGGCAGACAUGUAUCAAAUUGUUGGCUCUUUCAAUCGUAAAAUGAUUCAGCAAAAAAGAUCUGUUUUACUUUUAAUGGAUAACGCAGGCUGUCACCCAGAAGAUCUUAGAGAUAAGUUUAGCAAUGUGAAAGUUGUAUUUUUCCCACCCAAUACAACUUCAAAGCUCCAACCAUUAGAUCUUGGGAUCAUCAAAAAUUUCACGGUCCACUAUCGGCACUAUCUUCUUUCUUAUAUUCUUGCUUCCAUUGAAACAUGUGUUUCUUCUUCUGAAGUUGCUAAAACUAUCACCAUAUUAGAUGCUAUACGUUGGAUAUCAAAGGCAUGGAGAGAUGUCAAACCUGAAACUAUCAGCAAAUGUUUCAGACGUGCUGGAGUGACACCCUCUGCUAUUGCUGUAGGAAGUUCAGACAUAGAUGAUCCAUUCGUUGAUAUAGAUCUGAUUGAAGAAAUGAAUGGCCUCAUCAGAUGUCAUGGGUACAGGUAG